CUAACUAGCAAAGCUCAUUUCAUGAGGCCACUACAGCCAGCUGAUACCUAGCCAUACUGGUUACCGUUUCGGUUUAAUUUUGCGGAAACACAUUUCGUCUUCACCAUUAAUACUUACAGCCCGUGGGACACAUAAUAAUCACGUGGCAUUCACACAAGUAUGGCGGUUGUACAUAAAAGCUUUGACAUCUCUUCGUCUGUGUAGUUAGCUCGCCAGCUAGCUAAAGUUGAUAGCAUUGAAUAGCAUCAACGCUAGCUAGCUAAGUUACAGCGGAUUCUUACAAGCUGGCAUCAGAUACCGUUACCGUCAACCAUGGGAAUACUUUUUACGAAGCUAUGGAAGCUUUUUAAUCACCAAGAGCACAAAGUCAUCAUUGUAGGCCUGGACAAUGCUGGCAAGACCACAAUACUUUACCAGUUUUCAAUGAAUGAGGUGGUGCACACCUCCCCUACGAUUGGAAGCAACGUUGAGGAGAUUGUGGUCAACAACACUCACUUUCUGAUGUGGGACAUUGGGGGUCAGGAGUCCCUUAGAUCAUCCUGGAAUACAUACUACACAAACACAGAGUUUGUUAUUGUGGUGGUCGACAGCACAGAUAGAGAACGCAUCUCUGUGACCAAAGAGGAACUGUACAGAAUGCUUGCACAUGAAGAUUUGAGAAAGGCAGGGUUGUUGAUCUUUGCCAACAAACAGGAUGUCAAAGGCUGCAUGUCUGUGGCCGAGAUCUCCCAAAGCCUCCAGCUUACCUCAGUCAAAGACCACCAGUGGCACAUCCAGGCCUGCUGUGCCCUGACCGGGGAGGGGUUGUGCCAGGGUCUUGAAUGGAUGAUGUCUCAGCUCCGUGUCAGAUGAUGACCUUUGACAUGUGUCAGGAGUGUGCCCUUGCUCUUUGCUCCAGAGAACAGCUUGAAAUGAGGACGUGGGUUUGGUCAAUUGAUGGAAAGUCCUCUCUUUCUUGUGAAUCUGACAUGGGCAGAACGCUGCCAGGAUGUUAUUUCCCUCUGUGGUAAUUUAUUUUAUGAAACGGGGUCUGAACUCCUGAACACUCAGAGCAAAAGGAAAAAAAGAAAACAUGACCUUCUAAGAAGGACGUUGUGCAUUACAAGAGACUUGAAUUAUUUAAAUAAAAUUUUCUGCACGGUCUUUCUUUGAGUGAAACACAGAUGUCAGUUGAAAGGCUGACACGGAACUUUACAUGGACUUGUUCUGAAGCUGUGUAAGAGUCUAGCCCACAGUGGCCUUGCAGUAUUGCCGGACUGGCUAUGGUGAUUUUUAUUGCCCCCUUCACCCCACCUGUGUGUACAGUCCAGUAUUUUCUUUUAACACGGUGCCUGCAGCAGAAUGUUCAAGAGAUGAUGGUGAGAGUGACUGGAACAUAGAGGGUAAAAUCACAAUGUACUCUCUUGGAUUCGGUCCCUACCAGUAAUCAAUGAAUAAAGUGUUUUUAUCUGUGAAGGCGA